CUCCCGAUUUCUGGUUAUGUUGCGGAUCUUCAUCCUGCUGCUCUCUGGAACCCUGACCCUGACCGAGACCUGGGCCGGCCCCCACAGCCUGAGCUAUUUCCACGCCGCCGUAUACGAACCGGGCCGCGGAAAGAACCGGUACAUCGUCGUCGGCUACGUGGACGACAUAGAGAUCAUGAGGUUCCACAGCGACGCCGCAAACCCGAAGAUGGAGCCGCGGGUGCCGUGGGUGGAGCAGGCGUGGGUGCAGCAGGAGGACCCAGAUUUUUGGGAGGAACAGACGGUGGAAAUCAAGCAAGAUCCGCGGAUGAGCAGAGUGAACCUGAACCAGCUGCGCGCCCACUACAAUCAGAGCGAGGACGGGUCUCACACCCUCCAGGAAAUGACCGGCUGCGUGGUGGGGUCAGACGGCCGCUUCCUCCGCGGGCACAGCCAGUUCGCCUACCAGGGCACCGACUGUGUCCACCUGAAUGAGGACCUGUGCUCCUGGACCACAGCCUCCAAAGUGGACCAGGUCACCGGGAGCACCUUGGUGCAGGUCCCUGAUGCAGAGGGCAGGAGGUUCUUCCUGGAGGACACGUGUGUGCGCCGGCUCCAGCUGCUCCUGAAGAAGGGGAAGGACACUCUGCAAAGAGCAGACCCUCCAAAGACACACAUUACCCACCACCCCAUCUCUGACCAUGAGGUCACCCUGAAGUGCUGGGCCCUGGGCUUCUACCCUGCUGACAUCACCCUGACCUGGCAGCGUGAUGGGGAGGACCUGACCCAGGACAUGGAGCUGGUGGAGACCAGGCCUGCAGGGGACAAGACCUUCCAAAAAUGGGCAGCUGUGGCUGUGCCCCCUGGAGAGGAACAGAGAUACACAUGCCAUGUGCAGCACCAGGGGCUGCCUGAGCCCCGGACCCUGAGAUGGGACCCCCCUCCUCAGACCAUCAUCACCAUCAUGGGCAUAGUGGUCAUCACUGCUGCCCUGGGUCUCCCUGGAGCUGUGGCUGCUGCAGCUGUGAUGUGGAGGAGGAAGUGCUCAGAUAGAGGCAGGGAGAGCUACUCUCAGGCUGCCUGCAAUGACAGUGCCCAGGGCUCUGAUGUGUCUCUCACAGCUAAUAAUGAGCUGGGUUGUCCAGACUCGGUGCUACAACAGUCACUGCAGCCUCCCCUUGGGACGUUAAGGAUCCCUAACUGCUAUUUCUACAACGAGCAUCUGAAUUCGUCUGUGUUAUCAGCUCAUGUGAGGGACUGCUACCCAGGCCACAUUUCACCCAGGGACCUGUGUCCUCUCUCCUGGGGCCUGUCCUGUCCUAGCAGAGCUGGGGGAGCUUGUCCCCAUCACGGUGCUCACGUCCAUUCCUUUUUGUUUUAAUGUCCUGUUUCCCUGUUGGAAAUCAGAAUCUGUGUAUGAAUUGUGUUUUUAGAUUCUUCCUAGAAAGGGUCAGUGGGUUAAAUGAAGGAGAAGAACCUACAAUGGGAGAGAAGACAUCAGUGACCAAGAACCUGGGAACCUUCCAGAAUCUGGGCGCUGAGUCUGUUGCAGGUGGGGGCAUGGGCGGCUGGGAGGAGCAGGGUGCAGCCCAGUCAGGCUCCAUGUGUUAACUGGCUCCGACAUGGUCAUUCCUCCUCUGGGUCAUCUUUGUUGUUCCUCAGUCUUGGCCGCUUCAGGAGAACCUUGUCCCAUCAGGACCUGUGAUCCCAGGGACAAGAGUGCCACCUUGUGGUGGCUCCAGGACUGUGCUCAGUGAGGGCCUCAUGAGGCCGCGUCAGCCUGGGCUGCAGCUGGGUCUGUCCUGCAGCCCCUGUGUCUUGGAUAUUUGUUGUUUCUUUUUCUUUUUUCCUUUCUUUUGUAUAUAUCGCACCUAUCCUUGUUUUGUAAAAGUUAAAUGAUUGUGGUGUUUUUAAUUAA